AUAAGCCAUGCACUGGAUAAGCUUAAUAUUUGUUAUUGUAUGGAUACAUAUAUAUACCAUACAAAAAACAAAAAGUCAGUUGCUGUAUGAUACGCAUAAAGAAUAGUACGACAUACACAUGGAAAUUAUGAAAAUGAAAGAAGAAAUGUGUCGAUUACGUCAAGAAAUGCAAAUGAAUGGGAGAGUUGUGACAUUUUCAGCAAUUGCAAACGAAACUAUUCUUCAAAGAAUCACAAAAGGAGGGGAGAUAAUUAUUUUAAAGACGGUAUUGAAUAACGUAGGAGACGGAUAUAAUUCUGAAACAGGAAUAUUUACGGCACCAGUGGCUGGAAAUUACGCCUUUUUCUUCUCUGUCGAAACACUACCGUAUCAACAACUGAGUAUUCAUUUAAAUCUCAAUGAUAAAUAUGUAGCUGCAGCAUUUGCGGGAAAACGUUCGAACUUUUAUGACACCGGAGGCAACAUGGUGACUCUCACCUUGGAGAAAAAUGAUCGGGUAUGCCUUAAAUCACAUCCGAACACUAAGAACGUUAACGUUGCUAUUCAGUAUAGUUUAAACAGCUUCUCUGGAUUCUUACUUUCCUGAGACAGAAUCAAAAAUUUACUGUGAAAAUUUAAGGGAACACAAUUAUGCCAUCAAUACAUUUUUUCAAUACCGCAAUAUAUUGUAUAUAUAUAAAAUGUCCAACAGUAAUAAAUUGUGAA